GAGUGAGCUAGGAAAGAGUCUGUCUCCUACGGGGAGAGAGAGGGAGCAAAAAGCCCCCGCUUUAGGCUUUCGCGCUGUUUGGGACUGUUAUGCAGGUGGUUAGGAGAGGAGGAUGGAGGAGGAGAAGAGCUUGCAGGCCUCCAGCAGCAUCAAGCCCUACCUGGAGAGGCUCACUCUGGGCGUGACACGCGUCUUAGAAGCAUCUCCAGGAGUUUCUGAAGUGAUGUUCAUAGAGAAGGAACCAGCCGAGCGCCACGCCAUCAUUUCAUGGGAACAGAAAAAUGCCUGUGUGUUGCCUGAGGAUUUAAAAAGUUUCUACUUAAUGACCGAUGGCUUCCAUAUGACCUGGAGUGUCAAGUUUGAUGAUAACCCCAUGCCCCUGGGCUGUAUGACCAUCAACAGCAUCUCCAAGCUGACCCGUCUUGGAGCGUCCCCAGUUUACACCUUGCCCAACGCGCCCACUCUUGCUGACCUGGAGGAUACAGAUGACGAAGGCGGGGACAAGGACCAGCCAGAGAAGCCUCACUUGGACUCUCGCAGCCUGAUAUUCGAAUUAGACCCAUGUGGAGGAAAUGGCAAGGUUUGCCUUGUGUACAAGAACACCAAGCCAGUUGUCAGCCCCGAAUCUGAGAUCUGGUUCCUGGACCGGGCCCUUUAUUGGCAUUUCCUGACCAAGAGCUUCACGUCCUACUACCGGCUCCUGAUCACCCACCUUGGUCUCCCGCAGUGGCAAUAUGCCUUCACCAGCUACGGCAUCAGCCCCCAGGCAAAGCAAUGGUUCAACAUGUACAAGCCCAUCACCGUCAACACGGAGCAGCUCUCGGAGGAGGCGGAUCUGUUUGUGAACAAGCUGGACCCCAACAAGGUGUUCAGGACCAAAAACAAGACUCCGGUCCUGAAGAAGAAGCUGCCUUCCCAGCCUCCCCCCUCCCAGAAAGGCCAGGCAGGGGCCUCUCCCAAGAAUCCCACCCAAGCCGGAGGCCCUUCCAGGAGAUGAGGAGCCAGGCCUUCGCUUCUCUUUGGUGGAUCCGUGGCAGCAUUUCCGGCUUCGAUCCACACGUCACAGGCAGAAAAGCCUCCUCAUACCUGGCUACUCUCGCUGUGCAUGGGAGAGGACCACUAUAUUUAUUUUUAAAUAUUUAUUUAUGAAGUUUGCA